AAGGAUCUGUUACAAGGACGUCAUGAUGGAGAAUCACCAGCCCCUCACAUCACCAGAUGGAUCCAGUCGGAGAAAUCUACCAGAGAGAUGUCCCAGUCCUCUGUAUUUCCAGGACUAUCCAGAGGAGAAGCAGAAUGUCCUACUGGAUCAUCAGGAAAGUGAUGGAAGUGGAAGGACGAGUGGCCUGGAGAACCCCACAUCAGUGUCAGUGACUGGUGAACACAGUACAAGAUCCUCCCAUGGACAUCUCUCUAUAUCUCCUUAUCAUAAAUUACAGAUUGGCAAUAACAGAACUGGACAUAGACUGAGUAAAAUUCUUGCAUGUUCUGAACGUGAGAAACAUUUUGAAGGGAAAUCUAAUCGUCACCUGCAUGAGGGAAUUCACACAGAAGAGAAGCCAUUGUUAUGCAUGGAAGAAGGGAAAUGGUUUGAGCUUAAACAUCAUCUUGAGACACAUCAAGGAAUUCGCACAGGAGAAAAGACAUAUUCAUGUUCUGAAUGUGGCAAGUGUUUUAGUAAGAAAUCAAUUCUUACAGAUCAUCUAAGAACUCACACAGGAGAGAAGCCAUAUUCAUGUUCUGAAUGUGAGAAGUGUUUUGGUCAUAAAUCAAAUCUUACAGAUCACCUAAGAACUCACACAGGAGAGAAGCCAUUUUCAUGUCCUGAAUGCGGGAAGUGUUUUGGUCAGAAAUCGAAUCUUACAGAUCACCUAAGAACUCAUACAGGAGAGAAGCCAUUUUCAUGUCCUGAAUGUGGGAAGAGUUUUAACCAAAAGGCACAUCUUGUUAGACAUCAGAAAGUACACUUAAAGGAGAAGGCAUUUUCAUGCUCGGAAUGUGGGAAAUGUUUUGUCCCCAAGUUAGUUCUAGAUGAACAUCAGAAAAGUGACACAUGGAAGAAGCCAAUAUCAUGUCCUGAAUGUGGGCAAUGUUUAAGUCAGAUUCAGAUUUCAAGCUUUAAGGAACAUCUAAAAACUGAAACCAGGGAGAAACCAUUUUCGUGUUCAGAAUGUGGCAAAUGGUUUACCCAUAAAUCAAAUGUUGUAAAACAUCAGAGACUCCACAAAGGGGAGAAGCCAUUUUCAUGUCCUGAAUGUGGGAAAUGUUUUACCCAGAAAUCUGAUCUUGUAAAACAUCAUAGAAUUCACACAGGGGAGAAGCCAUUUGCGUGUCCUGAAUGUGGGAAGUGUUUUAAUCAGAUAUCAAACCUUAAGGAACAUCUAAGAAUUCACACAGGGGAGUAUUUAUUUUCAUGUCCUGAAUGUGGAAAAUGUUUCAACUAUAAAUCAGGUCUUUUUAAACAUCAGAAAGUGCACAAAGGAGAGAAGCCAUAUUCAUGUUCAGAAUGUGGAAAAUGUUUUACCCAGAAAUCAGGUCUUGUUAACCAUCAGAGAACUCACACAGGGGGAAGCUGUUUUAAUGUUCAGAUUGUAGGAAUGUAGUAGGUGUGGAGCUCAAUUGUAGGACCUGCUGCCUCAGAAUAUCUUCUAAUGCUGUGUUCCUCAACUCCAGUCCUCAGGGCCCACCUGUCAGUUGUCUUUUGAGAAGAUCCCAAAGAAUGAAAACCUGUGGUAGGUCCUGAUGCAUUGACACUAAUUAUAUCACCUGCUCAAAACUAAGGAAAUCCUGAAAACAUGACUGGCAGGUGGGCCCUGAGGACUGGAGUUGAGGAACACUGUUCUAAUGUAAAUGCCUGGCUUCAGUACAGAAAACCAUCACUGCUUAACACAGAUAGAUAUUUGAUAUGAUCUUGGUGAUGGUUAUUUUAGGUUAAGAAGCCUUUUCAUUUUCAUGGGACCAUUCAGGCAGUCCACCCCACUCACAUGGCUGGACCUGCAGAGGUAAGCAUCCUUACCUGCUCCCUGCCGCUGGGUUCCGGCACCUUUGCUUCCCUACUGCCAUGCUCCAGGCACCGCAUGUCAACAUCCAGCUUGAUUGGGGUUGCUUGUGCUGCUGCAGCCAGUGACUGGUAGCAGUGGUGAUGUGUACACCCAUGCACAGAGUCAAAAAGUGUAGUCUGAGUUUUUAGAUACAGAGCCUUUACUAGACUAGGAUAUUUCUGGUAUAGUAGAAGAUCAUUUCCCACCUCUGAUCUUGGACUCCGUGGACUCCUGAAAAGUUGAGAGACUGGGAGUAAUUACCCUUGGAAGUAAGUGUUCAGAGUAACAAUGAGCUUCAUUUACAGAGUUAUCAGCUGCGAUCAUGAAAUAUACAGACCCCAGGAGCCAGUACGCUACUACUGUGCCUUACCUCGUGGACUGAUCACUACUCAUUCUUAUCUACAUUCUAAUUACAGCUUCUGAAACUUGGCUCUUAAAAUGUUCUAAUUGUUUUGUGAAAUCUGCCCUAUCCGAUCCACAGAACAGAUCAUCUGUAAUAAAGGACUUGUAUACCUGAAGUAGGUUCCUUCAUUUCUCCUCGAGGAGGCUCACAAUGUUGCAUUGAGUUCUCCUCUAUAAUGAUCGUCCAGAUAUCUUCAGAGGGGAUCAGGUUUUAUAGAAUGAGAAAAGUGAUCAAUUAUGUGUUAAAAUUAUUUGUUCUCUGUCGCUGCAUUCAAAGACCUUCUUUUCCAUAGACAGAGCUAUAUGAGGCCUUGUUUUCUUGUAGUUUUCAGUGGAACCAUUUCAGGAUACAUAUGACUUUUUUUUUUAACCAUAUCUAGCAAUGGCCGGACUGAGGGGGGGCGGAGCCCCCUUUAGGGGAGGCCCCCAUGACGGGUGUUUGGUUU